AUGGCAUCCUUAAGGCACGAAUUUUAUGAGACAGACGAAAAACUGACGAUCUCCAUCUUCGACCGAGGGGCUGAUCCUGCACAAGUAUCCAUUACGUUUGAGCCAAGCAAGAUUAUCUACGUAAAUGGCGAGAAGACACUAUCCUUAGAACCAUUGAAAGGACAGAUUGAUCCGGAGAGGUGCGAUUUCACGGUUGGCAAAGUCAAGGUUGAACUUCGUCUUGCGAAAACGGCUCAAGGCCGUUGGGGAGGUAUCACUGGUGACGCUCCUGAUCCUCUUCAGACUGCCCCUAUUGGACCAACUACUUCUCCGGCGGUGGCCGAGGCGAGGGCUAAGCCCAAGAAGAACUGGGAGGAACUUACCACCAAGAUUCUCACAUCCGAAAAGGAGGCGACCGUAGAUGAGGAUCCCAACGUUGGAGGUGACGGCACGGUCAACUCCUUCUUCCAAAAGAUAUUCGGAGAUGCAGAUGAUGACGCCAAACGCGCAAUGAUGAAGAGCUUCCAGGAGAGUGGAGGAACUACCCUUAGCACAAACUGGGAGGAAGUCAGCAAGGGUACCGUCGAAGUGAAGCCCCCAGCAGGUAGUGAGUGGAAGAAGUGGAAUUGA